AGAAAAUGGGUCUCACUCCCAAAAACCUCUGCAAAACCCUCUCUCGUUUUGUUCCACAUUAGCAAACAGUGAGAAAAGAUUGGCGAAAUGACCCUCAAUCGUCUCCUUCUUCUUCCAAAGCCGCCGCCCAUUCAUUUCCACAAACUUGGGCUUCCCAAAUCAACAAGAUGGUGUUCGUCUUCACCAAGCAGUGGUGCCCAGAAACCACCCAACUUGGAGGAGCAAAGAGCUGUAGCCACAGUGGAGGUGUCGGAUAACAAAUAUGUGGAGAGGCAUUCAGGGUCCUUUCUAAAUCCAACCAACUUUGAAAACGAAGUGGGGGAAUCGUGGCUUACUCUGAGAGGCAUUUUUACUAAUCUAAAAGCAAAGAUGAUUGGAACUCCCCAAUCUCAGAAGGAAAACACUGUCGAGAUAGUUGAUUCUACUGCUGAUAAGACAGUUUCUGAGGUUAUUAAGACAGAGGAUAGUCCACAAGACUCUGAAAUUGGCCAGCCCAAUCAUAGUAUGCUAAUGCCAAAAGUCAUAAGAGACUCUCAGAGUUGCAAGCAGAAUAUUUCAACAGGUUUAAGAUCUGCUAUAGUCGGGGAGAACUCUUCAUCUGAUGUGCUUGAUGCUACAGCCUCUAACGAAGUCAAGGUGCCUAAAUCUUUAGAUAGCACUGGACCUGGUGAGGCUAAAAAUACAAUUCACUCCUCAGCAGAUUUAGUUUUUUCUCCACAGAAUAAGGUCGCAGUGACUGUUUCUGAAGUUAGGACAGAGAGUGUUAGGGAAAAUGAAUUAACAAGUGAUCUGUUGCAAAUAAUGCGGAGAAGUUCUUUGGGGAAUUCAGCUGGUCAGGUUGCAUCUAAUGGUAAAAGGCUGCAUGGUGGUCAUAAAGAUGUUGAGAAAAGGGUUACAGAAACUGCAGCUUCCAAUGUAAUAUGGAAAAGAUCUUCCAAGGAUAUUGGUCAAUCAGGAGUCAAGACUGAGUCACAUAGGCAACUUGAGGUGGGCGUGUUUGGAUCUGAUUUCGAUUGUCUGUCUUCCUUAACACAUAAGUUACCAGGUGAACCUUCUAGGAUACUGCAAAAGGAUAUUGGAAAUGCAUCUACUGUAGUUGGAAAUGCAAACCCUCAACCUGGCAAAAGAACGAUAUUUGAUCAACCACCUACUGCAGGUUCUGACGUGGGUAAAAUGCCUUCAUCGUCUAGUGGCCCCCAGCAAGUGAGGGGGUUAGCAAAGAUGUUUAUGAAGACAAUGAAUGGUAAAAAAGCUGAUGUAAUUACCAGUAAGAAGAGUGAUACUUUGGCUUCGAAUGUAGUUUUGGAACUUUUAAAUGAAACAAAUGAUAAAACAGGUAAAGAAGAUACAGGAAAUAGAUUUGACAUCAAUGGGUUGAUUGGGUGCAUCAAAGAGCUGCCAAGAGAAUCAUCAACCAUUACAUCUCAGAAUUGUAGCACUCCCAACAAUACUGGUCUCCUCAUAAAAAAGGUAGGGUCAGUUAAAAAGGUUCGAAGCCACGCAAAUGUGCAACAGAGUGAUGCAAAAAGAAAAGAGAGUUCGCUGAGAGUUCAUGCCAUGGGAAAGGAAACUAGUAAGGAAGACUUAAAUAAGAUCCCAGGUACUUCCUGCCAAAAAGAAGAAUCUACAGAAAGCAAGGUGUUGGUUAGAUUUUUGCACAAACGUGUAGAGGAAAGUGCUAUAUCUAAAGCCUUUGACGAUUGUGGGUCUAUCAUGAAGAUACAACUACUUCCCUUAAUUGAAGGAAGCAAUUUUAGAGAUGGUUACGUGCAUUUUAAGACUAGGGAAGGAUCGCAUAAAGCUCUCAGGAAAAGCGAGUUGGUUAUAGAGGGUGCUCAUGUUGUUGUGGAUGCGACUUCUUUAGAAGAUGUGCCUAAUAAAAUUUCCAUUCCCAACCUGAUUGGUGAUCCUGAAGUUCCUCUCAUGUUAGUAAAUAAUCCGACACGAACAGUUAUGAUCAAACAGUUGACCCAUGAUAUAAGCUCACAUCAGCUAAAAGAAGCUCUUGCUUUCUGCGGAAGUGGCAUAUCCAGCGUUUUCUUGGGUUCAUCAAGCUCUGUUGCUUAUGUGGAAUUUGAGACAGAAGAUGCCAAAGAGAGAGCAAUUGCAGCAUAUUCCAUAAAUGUUCAAGAAAAACAGCUAUUGAUCUUCAGAAUUGAUGUGCCAAGAACAACAGUGAUAAGGAUAACCAAUAUUGAUGAUACAGCAUUUUCUAGAAAACUGGUGCCCGGAAAAAUCACAUCAAUUUGUAGUUCUUAUGGGGAGCUGUACAAACAAAAGCUGAGAGGCAAGGCCAUUUUGGAUGUGUAUUUCAAGCUUGCUGAAUGGCCAAAUAUUUUGAGUAUUCUCAACAGGUUAAAUGGAAUGGAAGUAGAUGGCGGCCGAUUGAUUGCUCAACCUGCUCCUAUUUUUCCUCCGCCGAUCCUUCAAGUUCUUUGGAGUAAGCCAGAUGAAAGAAUUCAUGUCAAAUCUGUUUUGCAAAGAUUGUUGCAGACCAGUGAACUACCUGUUGAACUCAGUAAUAUUGCUACAAAAUACCACGGUGAUAAAUGUUUUGAAUGAGUUUCCAUUUUUUUUUCUUCCAAUUAAGGUAUAUUUAAAUACUUGAAGAAAAACUCAUCUUUCACCCUUUAUAGUCC